AUGGCACCUCGAAUGAGACGUCGUAUCACUUCCGCAAAGAGGGAAGAGAUUGAAAAACAACAGAAAGCGUUAUCACAAGCAAUUGUGAGACCGUUUGAGGUCCUUUCUGGGUUACCUCUAUCUUAUAAUCCACCGCCGAAUGGUCAUUACGAAGAUGUUCUAAAGAAUCCACUCACAACAAAAGAUACAGGAGUUCUUUAUAGAUCACUUAUGAAGUCUAGAUUAAGCUAUAUGAAUAUUGGACCUAUGUUUAAAUUAUACUGGUUAAAACAAAGUUCAUAUGCAAAGAAGAUGCAACAAUUGGAUCAAGAAAAAAGUACUCAUAAGACGCAAAAAGAAGAUAAGUCAUCAGAAAGGGUUCCUAUAUUGGGAAAUGAUGUAAGUGCAAGGGAUGUAAUGGUGAAGUUAUGCGAUGCGUCGCUUAGUAUGGGGCCCCAUAAAUUUGAAAUACGAUUAUUCAUUGCCAAAGACGAAAGGUCCGAAAAAAAUGCCAAGAAGAAGGAGGACGAGGAGGAGGAUAAAGUGAAAAAAGACCUGAAUGCUAAUCAAGAGUUGGUCAGUGAAAAUGAAAAACCGAUAACUGAGACGACAUCAAACCCAACUGAUGCGGAUGAUAAAAUAAAAGAGAAAUCUGCUGAGACUAAUGCAUUGAGUCCCUCAGAGGGACUGAAAAAAUCAGCAGCGGAUGAUGUGCCUGCUACCGUAGAAGGCACAAUAGAAGGAAUAGAUAAUGAAUCUAAAGAAAACAUCUCUAAAAGCUCAGAAGCCCCGCAAUCAACGACCAAUGAGACGCAUAAUACAUCAACGAACAAUAAUGAGUCAAACACUGAACAAGAAAUUAAUGAUACAGACGGGCUACCAAAAGGAGAAGAUCGAUCGAAGACAAAAUCUACACCAAGUAAUAAACCUGACACUUCAAGUUCCAAAGAAAGUGGAAGUGGUUCAGAUAAGAAGGCUUCAGUAGGCGACUCUGAGAAGCUAGACAAAGAUGAAACGCAAAAUAAAGAUAGCUCUAGUGGUUCAAAUAACAAUGAAAACAAAUCGAAGAACCAGAAUGUUUCGAAUCCAGCUUCCACUACUGAAGAUUCACAUACAUCCAGCAAUUCGCAAGCCGCUACUCUGGUACAGCAACCAUCAGUUGUGCAUAAUUCAUCCAUGCCUCAAUCUUCUGUUUCCACAUCCCAAAAUCCGUCACCUACACCUCCGGCAGUCUCAAAUACUAAAAAUGAUCCAAAUAGCAUGCAAUCCAUAGAAAAUACAAUAAUGAUAGCGAAUUUGAACACAAUUGCUAGAGUGGACCAGUCUUUAAAUGCGUUGAUGAAAAUAGUUGCUCUGGGGAACGCAUCACCUCAACAAAUCAUAACAUUUCAGGGUUAUAUACAAAGGGCCAGAGAAAUGGGACCACAACCACAUCAUGCAUACCUAUUCCCAAACGGAAUACUUCCAAAUCAAAGACCUAAAAAACUACCGAAAGAUAAAAAACCCCCUAAAGAAAAGAAGCCACCAAAACCAAAAGUGCCGAAAGAUCAAAAAUUAACUGCAUUUCAAGAAAAAUAUUUGACGGACGCAACAUUAUUAUUUGAAUUUGUAGAAAAUGCAAAUGUGAGAUAUAUGCUACCACAAGAAGCAGUAUGUGAGGUGUUACCACCUGCAACAUAUAAUGCCGAAGAACCUGAUAACAAGGACAUUUUAGUAAGCUUUUUAUGGAUUCAUAAUCAAAAUGAAGUUGACAAUUACAACCAGAAAUUAAAUGAAUAUGAAGACUUUAAGAAAAAAGAACAAGAAGAAUUGAACAAGGAUAAGUCAAAGAAAGAGGAAGAAUUGAAAAGCAUACAACAGAAAGGGGAAAGCGAGCGAAACGAAGGACAAAAGGAUGAUCAUCAACCAGAGAAUGAACAGAAACCGGAUGAUAUACAGGAAAAUGAACAAAAACUGAACGGUGAACAGAAAGCACCCAAUGAGGAUAAAACAGAUGUGAAACAAGAGGAUCAAAAUAAUGAAGGUGGGGCAAUAAAGCCAGGUAGAAGGCCCCCUCCCAGAAAGGGACGUAGAAGAAGGGGUGGCCCUGUUUCCAACAAGAAGGUAGUAUCUAAGAAAAUUGAAUGUCCAGUUGAACCUGAAAUCAAGUAUACCGCCCUUUCAUUUACGAUCCAUGGGAUCCCUUCAAGAUAUGUUCCAAUUAUAGCGAAUAGUUUUAAAAAACUUGAAGAUGUGCAAGAGCGUAUGUCUUAUAUCUUGAAAAAUGGUACUCGAACUGCCAGUUUUUAUCUAUGGUAUCAAGUUGACGGUAAGCUAGACGAAUCGAUCGCAGAAGAUGUACGUGGUCAAUUAAACCACGAAGAAAAGAAAAUGCAAGGUGUUACAAGUACUCAGAGUUCUACCUCUAGUGCAAAAAAACGUAAACAAAAAGAAAAGGGGUCUGAACCAAAACCAAAGAAAAAUAAAACUGAACUAGCAGUUCCAACGUCAGGUCCGGUUCCAGCUACAAUGUUGAGUGAAAACCAAAAUCAUAACCCUUGCUCAGAAACUAAUUCUGCUGAUAAGAAGCCAUCCACUGAUGGAUUUAAGAGCGAAACUUCCUUGGCUACAUAA